AUGAGUCCAAAUGGCAGGAAGCUGAGGAAGCCCUACGCCGGUCGUCGAACAAUGAUAAGUAUCGAUUUCUUGGGGUGGACUCCAAAACUCGACCGAGGGAAGAAUAGCCAGAAAUUAAAACAGAUUCAUAAGGCUAGCUCGUUGAUGACAGAAUGGAAGAAUCUUCGUCUUUACUACCAAAGGCUUACACAGACUCAAAUCAAUGAGCAGGACAGCAAAGAAAUAUUGACGAAAGAAGACGCCGGUGUAUAUCGAAGAUAUCGCUCUCGUAUCCAGGUGUGCCUGUUCAACUCCUUGGCCCUGUUUACUGUUCACCGGCAGAAUGCAUUGUGA